AUGUCGAGCGCGGACAUUGCUCCUAGUCCCCAAAGCGAGCCAGUGGGCUCCGCAGACUUGAAUGACGUCGAGGUUCCUCUUCCGCCAGUCAACCCACGUCCCGGUCCCUUUCUGGAGCCCACAACGCGCGCAGAGUAUCCUCCUCUGCCGGACGAUGUGGAGGAGAGCUGGUGCCACUAUUUCCUUGGUUGGCCCGAUAAUUCGAAGGUAUGGGCUCGACUCCGUGUCAUCGCCCGGAAGACGGGUUUGGUGGGCAGGCUGCCGCUGGCAAAUCCCCUUCAGGUGCAAAGCCAUCUGUGGAGACGUGUACUUCAAUAUCCACACAUCUGGGUUAUAUCCGACCUCGAGGUGCCGGAGGUUUACCACAACGACUCCCGCAAGCUCCUCUCUCGCGAGGAUACGAGGACGAAUAUCGUGGCCAUUUCUGCGACGCAUCAUACCUAUCUCAAUGGUUGUCGUCCUACCGAGGCUCAGUAUCGCUUCCUCGUCGAUCUUUUUGGAGAAGAGCCUGUAUGGUACAAGGACAGGCACCCCAAGUGGGUGUGGGAGCCUGAUAGCACCGGCCGCGGUCGUCUGUUGGAAUCGGGCAUUGUCUGCCCCACCUGCUUUCGUCAAGGACAAGACGGUCCCGAGAACGCGUGGUUUUUGCAACAGGACGAUCUCACCGCCACGCGAGGGUAA